GAAGCGUGACCGCUCUUAGGUUUCUCUCUGCUCCCAGCUCCCACCGUAAUAUAUUUCAAUAUUUCACCUUUAUGCAUGUAUUUUGCGUGGUUCUGCGAUUUUAGUGAUUGGAAUAAUUAUCGCAAGAAUUAGAAGAUUGGAUUUUUCUAGUAAUCUUUGUUAACGGCUUUGCUAAAGUAAAAAAAAAAAAAAACUUGAAGAAGAGGAGGCGUAUAUACAACAAGAAUUUGGAAUCAAAACUAUACUAUCAAGAAAACUAUACUACCAAGAAUAUAGAAGAGAUUAUUUAAAGUUCUGUUCUUAAGAAUGUAAACAAUAAUAUUGAAAUCGUAAUUUCAUCAUAAUGAGUUUUAUUUGAAAUAAUAUUGCACAAUUUAAAUUUGAAAAUUAAAAGAUUAUAAAUUGAGAAUGACUGUUGAUUGUGCAAUUAGCAAUGAGCAAGUGAUUUUUGUUACUGGAGGUUAUGAUCAUACUAUCAAAAUAUGGCAACCACAUACAGGCGUCUGUCAACGUACAUGUCAACACACGGAUUCGCAAGUCAAUGCGUUAGAUAUUACACCUGAUAAGUAUGUUGUAGCUGCUGCUGGAUAUCAACACAUACGGAUGUAUGACUUAGCUUCAAAUAAUCCUAAUCCAGUCAUUAACUAUGAAGGAGUAUCAAAAAAUAUUACCAGUUUGGGCUUUCAGGAAGAAGGAAAGUGGAUGUAUACAGGAGGAGAAGAUUGUUCUGCAAGAGUAUGGGAUUUAAGAUCUAGCAGCUUUCAGUGCCAAAGAAUAUUUCAAGUAUCCGCUCCCGUCAAUUGUGUAUAUUUACAUCCCAAUCAAGCAGAAUUAAUUGUUGGCGAUCAAAGUGGUGUCAUACAUUUAUGGGAUCUUCGUUCUGAUCACAACGAACAAUUAAUUCCAGAAGCUGAAUCUUCGAUUCAGGAUAUUACAAUAGAUCAGGACGGCACUUACAUGGCAGCAGUAAAUAAUAAAGGACACUGUUAUAUUUGGACACUUUCAGGAGGCAUUGGAGAAGAACCUACAAAACUAAAUCCUCGUCAUAAACUUCUAGCUCAUAAACGUUAUGCUCUUCGCUGCAAAUUUAGUCCCGAUUCUACAUUGCUGGUGACAACAUCGGCUGAUCAAACUGCACGAGUAUGGAGAACAACAGACUUCUCUGAAGUACAAGUGCUUCAGUCAUCCGAUGACGCAAAGCGUUGGGUUUGGGAUGUGGCAUUUAGCGCAGAUUCUCAAUACAUAUUUACCGCUUCUUCAGACGGAGUUGCAAGACUAUGGAAUGCGUCUACAGGAACAGUAGAACGGGAAUAUCAAGGACAUCAGAAAGCUGUCACAGCUCUUGCUUUUCGUGAUGAAAUUGUUUCUGCGAACUAGAAAUAGAAAGUGAAUACUUAAAUAUUAUAUUUGAUUUUUUAAAUAAAAACAUUUCAGAAUUCAAAA